CCGCGUCGCGCGCCUCGGGAAGCGCACCGCGAGCUCUCGGCGGGCACGUGCGUUCUAGGGUUUUACGUGCACGCGCGGCAGGAUUAGGAUCCCCGCAGCCGGUGAGCGCGAGGAGGACAGGACACCGGGAUAACGACUGCGACGGGGGGGGGAAAGAAUAGAAAAUGUCCAGCGUCGAGCCCGUACCGAGAAACCGGGAAAUAACUCGAACCUCAACCGCUGAAUGUUAAGUUUGAAAGUUUCAUUUUUUCUUUUUUCUUUUUUAACUUUGGAUGGUGUGUCGGUGAGCUCCGAGGAGAAACGUGAGCGACAGGUGAGGGACCGGUGAGGGACAGGUGUCCUGGACCGCAGAGGCAACCGGGAAGCUUUUCUUUUUUGUUUUUAAACUUUGUUAAGCUUCCUGCACGGGACCGACCCUUUGGGGAGCCAUGUUGUGGAGGCGGUGGCUCGUGCUGCUGCUCUGCUGGGGGUCCACGAGGGGCGAACAGCAGCCGGCGGAGGAGAGGGACGGCACGGCGGCGGAGGCCCGUGUGGACCCCCGCAGGCAGCGGUCCCCUCCGCCGGUGGAGCCGUUGGAUUUUGGGUUCGUUCCGGCCGCGGUUUAUGACACCCACGCUUACUACGAGCCCGGGGCCGUGGGCGUCCUCUUCCACAUGGUGCACGCGUACCUCUACGUUAUUCAACCCAACUCCUUCCCCAAAGAUUUGAUUGUCAAAGUCAUUCAACAAAACAUGGGAGGAAUCAAAAUAGACGAAUGGAGAAAGCCAGAAAAUGUGGUCCUGUUACUACAGUGGAUCCACUACGAAGCCGGAUUCCUCAUAUGUGCGACCGUCGGGGUCACCUUUUUGAUCCUCACCCCCAUCGUGGGCUUUUGUUUCUGCGUGUGUCGAUGCUGCGAGAACUGCGGAGGGGAGAUGCACCAGAGGCAGCGAAAGAACGUGGACUGCCAGAGAGGUUUCUACACCGCCUCGCUCAUCGCCACCUCCAUCUUCAUCGUCCUGGGAGUGCUCAUCGCCUACGCUGCGAACCACAACGUCAGCACACAGAUAAAGAGCACGCGGCGGCUCAUCAACACCAACAUCAGAGACCUGAAGACGUUUGCUAACAACACACCUGCGCAAAUUGACUACCUGACGGCUCAGUACACCACAGCAAAGAACAAAGUCCUGUCGGACCUCGACAACAUUGGACCUUUGCUGGGAGGGAGGAUCAACAGUCAGCUGGAGAAAGAGGUCGUUCCUUCACUGGACGCUGCGCUGCGCAUGGCAGGAGCAAAAGUUGAGAAUGCCAUCAAAGCCAUGCGGGAGACCAAAGAGGCCCUGGAGAACGUCGGCUCCUCGUUGGAGGUUCUCCAGGAGGGGACGGGGAAACUUCUGACCAGUCUGUCGGGGGAGCGCUCCUCUCUCUCCAACACCUUAUCAGACCCCGCCUGCACCAACGGCGCCGUGUCGCACACCUGCAACGCCAUCCGCUCCACGCUGUCGCAGCUGGGAAUCAGCGCCGACUUCUCCACGCUGCCGGAUGUCACUCGUGCCUUGGAAAAUAUCAACACCGUCCUGAAGACGGACCUCAGCAACAUUGUACAAAAGGGUUACUCAUCCUUUAAUGAUACACCGAAUCUGGUAAAAGAACAGACUAAAAACAUUGUCUCAGCUCUACCUCGAGUAAAAGGUAUGCUGGACAAGAUCGGCAUAGAGAUCAACGGCUUCUCAAAGAUGUUCCCGGUGGAAUCUUCUCUGGUCAAUUUCACCAUUUUCCUCACCCAAGGACAGAAAAACAUAGAGUCCUAUUACCCGCAGGUGGACCAGAUGGAUUUCUACAGGUGGAUCGGCUGUGUGGCCGUGCUCUGUAUGGUCGUCUUGGUCCUGGCCUUCAACUUCCUGGGGCUGCUGUGCGGCACAUGUGGCUACGAUAAGCAAGCCACGCCGACAACGCGAGGAUGCCUCUCAAACACCGGCGGCAACCUGCUCAUGGCUGGGGUGGGCUUCUCCUUUAUCUUCGUCUGGGUGCUGAUGGGCAUCGUGACCGCCCUGUUUGUCGUCGGUGGCAACGUGGAGAAGAUGGUGUGCGAACCGCUCGCCAACAAGACAGCUGGUUUCAAGAUCAUAGACACGCCAUUCCUGGUCCACCCUGCCAAGAAGAACUUCCUCCCAGGGAUGCUGUUCCAGAAUCCAAACAUUGACUUGACUUUGGGAAGCAUGUACAGGGACUGCUAUGAGAACAACGGGCUGUACCAUUCUCUGCAACUGGAGACAAUGUUCAACAUCAACACCUUCCUCAACAGAACUGUGUACAACAGGGAUCUGGCCAAAGUGUUUGAGAGUGUUCAGGUCGACCUGCAGGACAUCACGCUGCUCGAGCAGGCCGGCAGAGACAGCCUCAUCAACUUCGCCAACUCUGGAGUUGGACACAUUGACUACGAGGCCUACCUGGCCGAGGUCAAUAAGGGAGUCACUCUCGUGGAUCUCCUCACCUUCUCAAGCGACCUGGAGGCUCAGGCCGACCAAAUGCCUCGUGGUGCUCUGGAGAAUGCACUGAAGGGGCACGCCAGCAGCAUCAGACAGAUUCACAGAGAACAGGUGGUUCCCAUGGAGCAAGCAAUGAGCACGUUGAGCCAGAGCAUCAAGCAGCUGCAGAGGAUGUCCAGCGACCUGCCGGUCAAGGUCACAAAUAUCCUGAGUGCCAUCGACGCAGCCGAGUACCUCAUCACUCACAACGCCUCCUAUGUGGUGAAACAGGAAACAAAAGGCUACACACAGAGCUUGGUGGGAUACUUCACACAGUAUACGGAAUGGGUAAAGAACUCUCUGACUUCAGAGGUGGCCCAGUGUAAACCCAUCAGCAACAUCGUGGACAGCAUGGAGAUCGUAGCGUGCAGCUUCAUAGUCGAUUCAGUGAACACGUUCUGGUUUGGACUGGGAGGCUGCUGCAUCCUUCUGAUUCCCAGUAUAAUCUUCUCCACCAAACUGGCCAAGUACUACAGAAGGAUGGACACAGAGGACGUCUUUGAGGAUAUGGGUAAUGCAGGUAAUCAUGGGGUGCAAGCGUGCCGUAUCCACGGUGACCUCGCUGCGGUCGGCUCUCCCUAUUGUGACACUCUGGCCCGGUUCCCUCGGGCCUCUGCUCCACCGAGCUGCUCCGACUGGUGACCCAAAGGAACUCGUCGAUGAGUGGACAGGAGACGUGGAACUGAUACUU